GCCCUGCCAGGCAGGGGGGUUGGAACUACAUGAUCCUUGAGGUCCCUUCCAACCCGGGUCAUUCUGUGAUUCUGUGAUAGGAUUGCAUUUAUCUGUGUGCCUUAUCCCAGCUCUGGUCAUGGGCUGAAGAACUCUCACUGUGAUACUGUGACCACAUGCGUUUGUUUGGUUUUCCCAGCAGGUGAACUUUUCCACACGAAGAUGGUAAUAAUGCUUUUCUGUGUUUCUGAUGCAACGAAUGAAUGUUUCCUUUAACAAAGCAAAUAACUCAUUGGGGUGUGUAGACCAGAGCACCUGCAGCAUUCCCUACUACAGGUUCAAGAGAUUGUUUUCCUGUGCUUGGCACAACUUCUUAACCAUCACCAUCAGGAAGGUGGGGCUGCACAGGUGCUACUGACAUGGCAGGCCUGGUCUCCAGGAGCUGCCGCAGCAAGGCUGUUCUGCUUGGAGGUUGAUCUAAUUCUUUCCAGUGGCAGCCUGGUUGUUUCACAGUGCAGCAAGCUCUCAGACUUCAGCUCAGCAUGGGAACAUCCAUGAGUUCGGGUUGUUCCCCAGAGAAGGCCUCACCCACUGUAUCUAUUUCCUUAAUUUCCACAACACCAUGGAGAAAAGACAGAUUGCACUGGGAGCACCCAAUGUGCUUAUCGGCACAAGGAAGAAGCAGAAAGAGGAAACGUCUAUGAAACCACGGCCCUGGGCUGGCAAGCAUUUAUCUGUUCUGAUGAACAAAAGGGCUUGAGACCAUUCUGAAGUUCUGUACAAUCAUCUACUUUGUGUGGUUUGCUGCCACACACCAGCAAUUGCCUCAGUGUGCUCUGCCCAGCUUUAGCAAGGAAGGUAAGGGUCUGUGCCAGCACCUAACCACUUUCUGGAGACUGAAUUUUUCCUAAUGUCCUGCCUGAACCUCCCCUGGUGAAAUUUAAAGCCAUUCCUUCUCAUUCUAUCGCUAUCACUCUGGAGGAGAGGCCAACCCCCACCUUGACACAACCUCCUUUUGGGUAGUUGCAGUGAGCAAUAAGGUCUGAACAAUCCCAGUUCCCUCAGCUGCUCCUCAUAAGUCUUGUGCUCCAGUAUCCUCACUAGGUUUGGUACUGUUCUAUGGACGCUCUCCACAGCAUUAUUCCCAUAUUAGCAGAGUGUUUUGCUGAGGAGCAGGAGUUAAAAUGAUAACUCUGUGAUGUCAUAUGCUCUGCUCCAUUGCAUCCCUUUGUUGUUAGCAGCUUGGCAGCUUUCUUGUUCCUCUGUGGUGCUCUUAUGAGGAUGCCCUUGUGAGGAGCUGUGCCCGUCUCCUUUCCCAGGCUGUGGGGUCUCAGGCUCUGGAUGUUCUGCUGAUCUCUGUGUGUUCGGCUGUGUUACGGGUAUUCUGGGUAGCACAAAACUGGCAAGUUGGUGUAGUUUGGCCUUAGAAAGUGGCUGACCUACCCUGUCAGUCCCACCCAGCUCCCAGAGGGAUCUGUACUGCAUGCAGGUCGGUUGCACGCUGCCCUUCUUUCUGUGCUUCUUUAAUUGUAAUUACCUAUUUUUUUUUAUGUCCCUGGAAGUCAGGGAUUUGCCACAUGCAAGGAGGAGAGAAUAACUUGGUGAAGUGUCCCUGGUGGAAAGUUGCCCAUUCAUCCCCAAAUUCAUGUGCCCGGCUCUGACUGCUGAGUGCUGUGGAUCCCUGCCCACAAGCAUUUGACUCAUCUUUGCCAUGACUCAGAAGAGAGAUGUAUUGGGAACCUUCUUUUCUUUCUUUUUUUUUCCCCUUUUGAAAAAUGAAGUGAAAGUUUAUCAACCUGUACAGUUAAAUGAAACACCAGCGAGCCAAAUGAGGAAGUAAACCCUUCCUUUAGAAUGAGCUCUAACCUGCUCAAAGCACUUGUUUGCUCUCUGCUGACUCCAGCCCUGCCUUAAGGCUCUCCAUAACAGGCAGCUUCCUUGUGUCUGCCCCGAGCGGCUCCCAGCUGCCCACAGGGAUGGCACCGUGUGGAUCGGGCAGGUAACACGGGCUAAAGCUGAUGCCAGCUGGACAAGGGCAGGAAGACAGAAGCACCGCAUUUGAAAGGGAGACAGAUGCCCGCUAGGAUGGCCCUGACCAGUUCAUUUUCCAGCAAGCUGGUACAACCAGGCUCUGGAGGAGUUUCUACAGCAGGGAGAGAAGUGCACCAGAGCAAGCUGGAUUUUUUCUGCAAGCUAGGCUAUGGGAAGCAGGACAUCUGCAAAGUGCUGGAGAGCCUGGGCCAGGAGGCCCUGGAGGACGAUGUGCUCAAAGAGCUGAUUCGGAUGGGGAGAAAACCUCAAGCUCUGGAGAAUCAGGCUCAGCCUCCCCCACUAAAACUUGUUGCCCGUGGGACGUGCAGCACUUCACCAGUGCCAAAAUGGCUUGCAGAAGAGGAAGGUGAUUCCUCCAGUCACUUGAGAGCCAUUGUGAUUGAUGGCAGCAACGUAGCAAUGAGCCAUGGAAACAAAGAAGUCUUCUCCUGCUGGGGGAUCCGCCUGGCAGUGGACUGGUUCCGAGAAAGGGGGCACACCUACAUCAAGGUUUUUGUCCCCCUCUGGAGGAAGGAGCCCCCCCGACAAGACAGUCCCAUUGCGGAUCAGCACAUUCUUGAAGAGCUUGAAAAGCAAUCAAUUCUUGUGUACACCCCAUCUCGCAAGGUGAAAGGCAAGAGAGUAGUUUGCUACGACGAUCGCUAUAUUGUGAAGGUCGCUUAUGAAAAAGAUGGGGUCAUUGUUUCCAAUGACCAUUACCGAGAUCUCCAGAAUGAAAAUCCUGAGUGGAAAUGGUUUAUAGAGCAGCGACUACUCAUGUACUCUUUUGUCAGUAAUAGGUUUAUGCCUCCUGAUGAUCCACUAGGCCGGCAUGGACCCACUCUUUAUAAUUUCCUCAGCAAAAAGCCAGCGCUUCCCGAAUCAACAUGGCAGCCUUGCCCCUACGGUAAAAAAUGCACUUACGGUAACAAAUGCAAGUUUUACCACCCAGAGAGGCUGCAUCAAGCUCAGCUGUCAGUUGCUGAUGAGCUCAGAGCCAGAACAAAAGUACCCAUGAGCCUGGGGAGGGAGGAAGAGACGUGCAACUGCUCUCCAUAUUGGACUGGCAGAGAGUCCAUCCCUCAUGACACUGUCACAGAAAUGCCACAGGGAGCCAGCAGGGGCAUGAGGGACCCCUGCUGCGCAGCAUGGUCCUCAGGCAGCUUCCAUCCACAGCCAGCUGAUGCCUGGGCCAUCAGCACCAACUCUGGCCUGGAGCUGGACCGAAAACCACCAGAAGCCCUCAGAGAUCAACCCCUUGUGGGAGACAUGGCAGCACUCUCCAUAAGUGACAAGGUGUACUCUGGAACCAGACUGACCUGCACCUCACAGGACAGAGAGCAGUCUGACAGCCCUCAUUGCUGUUGUAGCCUGAGGCACAACCCCUUUCUGCUGCACCAUCACCACUGCUUGGACUGCACCUGCUUAUCAGGGAGUCCCUUCCAGCACUCAGUGCUCCCACCUGCUCCAGGCAGGCACCUGGAACACCACUGGCCCCAGAAGUGCUGGUCUGACAGGGUCCAGCCCAGCCCAGCCCUGGAAGCACAGCAGCAGCAGCACCUCCCUCCAUCCUCUGUGAUGCCUCUGGCUGAGCCACUGCAAGUGUACAGAGAGCGGCCCCAGUGCUGUUUCUCCAGCCAGCCCUUUCUGCUGGAUGCCAGCAGCAGGCCUGAUUUCUUCCAGAAAGCCACUGUUCAGCCCAGUGCUGCUUACUGUGAUUACUGGCCACCCCAUGCUGCAAGACCUCCUUCUGUCCAGCAAGCAAGCGUCCACAGGGAGCUGUGCACUAUUUUCCCCUGUGCCGAAGUGAAUCGAGUCAUGGCGCUGUACCCAGAGAUCAAGGAUAUCGCUAGCUUGACCUUACUGAUUCAAAGACAUAGAAACUUGUGAUGCCUCCAGGUUAAACCUUUCCCACCAAGUGCAGAGCUGCUAUUCUCAGGUUUAUCUGAGUGUUAUUAAAGGGCUUUAUGAGCUGAGUUACAGCUGUUCAAGUAGCAUGCGUCUAAGCAUCAACCAAUUAUGGUGCGUGGGGCAUUAAGUUGUGGUUCACAGCAGUAGAAUCUUGUCUACUUUACUUGGGAGUAAGUAGGAGGGCUUGGGUUUAAUUAAUGAGCUGCCAGCAUGUGAACCUCACGUGUUUUUAAUGUCCUAAUGUGCUGUUUAAAUACCACCAAGGAGCCGUUCUCCACGGGCCCCAUGAGAGAGCUCUCCUCAUAAGACUUAUCAUGACUAGCCUGCUGAGCUAGCAGAAAAUAAUUUGGCAUAUUUCCCCCUAACACUUAGCUGUACUUACUGUUGGAAGGUGUCUUUGGGCCCAUGUAGUUACACAAUGGCUUUAAUCACAAGGCAACCAUGUCCCAGACUUUUAAAAGACUCAACUAGUGUUUAUGAACCAAUGCUGUGAACCCACAAGAUUACUAGUGGAGGCAGCAGAGAAAGAGCCCAGAUCACUUAGAAACAAUUGCAGGUACGUUUCUCAGGGCUCAUGCACAAUAUAAGUCAAGUGAGUGAAGCCCUCUGUAAUAUAAGUAAAUCAAAUCACUCCUAUUGCAGACUGAAAGCUCAGGAUGUUCUUAUUUGAGUUAACACAGCUGAUUGCAAAGGAAAAUGAUAAUAAUAGUAGCUCUGAACUGCUUCUGUCCUAGUAAACAAGAAAAAACAUUGUUGAAUUAACCCUUAAUUACCAAAUGUGGUCCCAUAAUGCCAGAUGAUGAUUAUGAUUACAAACAUUUGAGCUCUAUUCUGCUGGGACACGUUUGAUUUUCAGUAAGCUGUAAAGCUGUAAAUCUUUGUGCCAUUCCACUGAACUUUGUUGGGUUUUAUUUUUUUUUUUGAGUUAAAAUUCAAAUAUUGAGGUUGAUCCUGAACGUUUUUGGCAUUUUACCAAAGUUCAAGUAUGUCAGUAUGACAGAUCUUCUUAGGAAUUAUUCAGCAUGUUAUAAAACAAUCACCUACAACACUUUGCUUUGAAUAUUUUUUGUUAUUUUAUUCUAUUCCUUUUAGCACUGGUUGAUAAUGAAUUAAGUCCAGCACUCAGGUGGCCUUUACAAAGUCUCACAUGCAUCAGAGAACCUCUACUGGGUUCUUCUCAGAAGUACAGUCAGGCAAUAACUAAACCUAGCUCGCACUGAAUGCUCUUGGUUUGGAAAGGCGACCAAGCAGAGGUAAUUUACCUUUAGUGUCACCAUCACAUGAUGCGUUUUUGUAUUUGUAUGAAGAUUCUUCAGGAAAUAAACCGUAUCAGCUGAA